AUGCAAGGCAAAAAAAAAUCCGCGGGUAAACCUCCGACCCGGUCCGGGAAAAGAAACCUAACGCGGUCCAAAUGUGCAGCUCUGGCAUCCCCCAAAUCCCAGGUAGGCUCAGCUGUUGCCCAUCCACCUCGAUCAUCAUCACCGCUUGCACUUGCAGACCUUUUUCUCCAAUUUAGAUUGAUUGCACAGUUGGGAUUUGAGGAGGAGAGCUCCUGUAAUUGGAACCAAAUACAACAGAUUCUACUGAGCUGUGGCCUAAAGAAGAGAUUCCUAAUUUUCAUGGGCGACAAGUCUCCAUAAUGAUCGUGGGCACUUGUGAUGUUUCUUUAUCCUUCAGGAAAGUUGUAUGAUGUUGUCAGCCUUGCAGCACCAGAACCAAAAGCCAUGGUUUUUUUUUAUCAGAUUCAAGAAUUGGUAUUAUGCAUUCAUAACCCUUGGGCUUGAAGCAUAGGAUAGGAGUAAUAUGUUUCAUUUUUUGCUAGUGCACCAAUAGUAAUACCAUAAUAGCUUCAAUGACCUUAUUAUGUGACACUUGACAAUUGGUAAGAAUGAUUACAAGAUGGUUAUCUGGAGCCUAGUGAAGUCCCGAAAGAUAAUACGAAAGGUCAACUGCAGGCUCUUUGACUAAUUCUGGUCAUCAUUUUUCAACACCUGCAAAGGUAUACUGGUGAAUCGGAUCAUCAUCUUCCUCCUCAAGAGAAGAAACCAAAAAAAGAGAAAGAAACAUGUGGCUUGAGAUAUGUUAUUUCUCACCUUUUGUUUAUUUCUUUCAACACUUUGUUAUCCCAAAUUUUUUGAAUAUUAAAUUCAUAUAUUUAGUCAGUAUAAGAUAUACUGGUGAAUGUGUAAAGAGUAAAAGUAACUACUCUGAUAACAAUUUAAAG